AUCACGGUAAAAGACAUUGAAGACUUCGAAAAGAGCUAUAAAGAUUCAGAAGAAGAGCUGGCUGAUAUUAAAGCGGCGUACAUGGAUUUUGAGGGUGACAUGGACAGAAUAAUGGAGUCGGUGUUGUGUGUGGACUAUACAGAUGAACCAAGAAUACGGAAAAUCAUAGAACAAGCCAUUGACUCUGGAGAAGUCCCGUCCUACAAAGGUUUCGUGAAAGAGUCUAAGCAGAAAAUGCUCGCAAGAAAAAGGCGGGCAGAGAAAGAAGCCAGAGAGGCAGAAAAGACAAAAGACGAACUGGGCCUUGGUGGAGAAGAUGACUUGAAAGCACUGAUUCAAAGCAGAAAUAAAGAUCGAAAAAGGGAAAUGGAUGACUUUUUGGCCCAACUGGAAGCAAAAUAUGGGAAUAAUGCUAAAAAAGGAGGCAAGAAGACUGCAGCCAAGAAAGGAAAGAAAUAA